CCAACUCGAAUAUUUUCUCGCGACUCCGACCCGACGCGCUCCUCCCGCUAAUCAUUGAUCGAUCGAUCCCCUCUCGCUCGAGCGGCCCAAAAGUUUCUCCCGCCGGCUUCGGCCUCCGGCGGCGAAGCGCGCUCUGAAUCAGAGGGCGGGCCUGGUGGAUUCUUGUGCUGCGGUUGUAGGGGAUGGAGCGGCGGCGGUGGCUGCAGGCCGCGGUCCUAAUGUGCUUGCUGCUGCUCUGCUCCGGGAGAGAACUUAAGGACGAACCAGCGCCGAUAUAUAACUCGACUCUCGCCAAGACCCUUGCGGAGUAUACUUCAGCAGUCUAUACUACUGAUCUGUCGCAACUAUUUACCUGGACUUGUGAAAAAUGCAAUGACCUGACGCAGGGGUUUGAGAUGAUAGAGCUGAUCAUCGAUGUGCAGAAUUGUUUGGAGGCAUACGUCGGUUUUGCAAGUGACAUGAAUGCUAUUGUAGUUGCAUUCAGAGGCACUCAAGAGAACAGCAUCCAGAACUGGAUAGAAGACUUGUUUUGGAAACAACUUGAUUUCGACUAUCCAGGCAUGGCUGAAGCUAAGGUGCACAGUGGGUUUUAUUCUGCAUAUCAUAACACAACAUUGCGUGAUGGAGUCAUCAAUGGCAUCCAGAAGACCAUGGAAGCGUAUGGCAAUGUUCCCAUCAUGGUAACAGGCCAUUCCAUGGGAGCGGCCAUGGCUUCAUUUUGCGCCCUUGAUCUUAUUGUCAACUAUGGGUUAAAGGACGUGACGCUACUGACAUUUGGGCAACCUCGGAUUGGUAACGCUGUGUUUGCUUCCCACUUCAAGAAAUACCUGCCAAACGCAAUUCGAGUAACCAACGAACACGAUAUUGUGCCUCAUUUACCUCCGUACUACCACUACUUCCCACAGAAAACCUACCAUCAUUUCCCUCGAGAGGUAUGGGUACAUAAUGUCGGACUCGAUAGCCUAGUAUACCCGAUCGAGCAAAUCUGCGACGAUUCUGGUGAAGACCCUGCAUGCAGCAGGUCUGUGAGUGGUAACAGCGUGCAAGACCAUCUCCACUAUCUUGGCAUCAGCAUGCACUCCGAGUCGCGGGGAUCAUGCAGGAUCGUCACUGAUGGCAAUAUGCUCAGGUACAAAAUUGGUGCUCCCGAUGGUACUAUCAUCUUGUCGAAGCAGCCCGGUUUAUCAGUUGAUCAGCAACUCAGUGCACUGUAAACAGGCUCGAGAUGGCAGGAAAAUCUUGUGAUUGUUCUUUUCUGCAAGUAUAAUUUGCUCAUUGGCAGUCCAAGGACUAUCUCAUGUACAUACACACACACGUGCUCCUCUCUGGAUUAAAUUAUCCUUGGUGAGGGUGCCUCUGCAAUGUACAAAACAUGAUUCAUGUAUAUAUCUUCUCUUCUU